AUGACUUACUUAAAGUUGUUUGUGCUAUUUCUUGUAGUGGUUAUUCUUAUCACAACUUCAUCCAAUGCCCAAUACCAUGAGGAUGACAAGCUACAAGUCACUCCGAUAAGACACGAAAUUUACAAGCCAUCAACGUUUAUACCACCAUUUUACAAGCCGCCAUUUCUUCCUCCUAUUGUACUGAGAGGACCACCACCUCCACGUCCGAAGAAUCCGCCACCACACCCACCAUUUUACAAGCCACCAUUUCUUCCUCCUAUUGUACUAAGAGGACCACCACCUCCACCUCCAAAGAAUCCGCCACCACCCCCACCAUUUUACAAGCCACCAUUUCUUCCUCCUCUUAUUGUACUGAGAGGACCACCACCUCCACCUCCGAAGAAUCCGCCACCACCCCCACCAUUUUACAAGCCACCAUUUCUUCCUCCUCCUAUUGUACUGAGAGGACCACCACCUCCACCUCCGAAGAAUCCACCACCAGCCCCACCUCACAAAAAUCCGCCACCACAGCCACCUCAGAAAAAUCCUCCACCACCACCCCCACCUCCUAAGAAUCCGCCACCACCCCCACCUCAGAAAAAUCCUCCACCACCACCCCCACCUCAAAAGAAUCCUGCCAACACCAACACCAACGCCAACACCAACAUCAACGCCAACACUAAAACAAACAUCAAGGCCAGCAUCAAUACCAACACCAACACCAACGCCAACACCAAUGUCAAUGCCAACACCAACACCAACACAAACACAAACCCCAACCCCAAGACCAGCACCAACGCCAACACCAACACCAACACCAACACCAACACCAACUCGACCACCAAUGUUAGCGCCAACACCAACGCCAACGCCAAUGCCAACACCAACAUCAACACCAACGCCAACACCAACACCAACGCUAACAUCAACGCCAACACCAACAUUAACGUCAACGCCAACAUCAACGCCAAUGUCAACGUUAACCCCAACGCCAAUGCCAACACCAAUGCCAACGUUAACCCCAACGCCAAUGCCAACGCCAACGCCAACAUCAAUGUCAACGCUAACACCAACACAAACACCAACGCCAACACCAACGCCAACAUCAACGCCAACACCAACGCCAACAUCAACGCCAACAUCAACGCCAACAUCAAUGCCAACAUCAACACGAACACCAGCGCCAACACCAAUGUUAACCCCAACGUCAACCCCAACGCCAAUGUCAACGUCAACACCAACGCCAACGCAGACACCAACACCAAUGCCAACAUCAACGCCAACACCAACGCCAACACCAACGCCAUCGCCAAUGCCAACACCAACACUAACGCCAACACCAACACCAACACUAACACCAACAUCAACACCAAUUGGAACACCAGUGCCAACGCCAACACCAACGCCAACGCCAACACCAACAUUAACGCCAAUGCUAACACCAACACCAGUGCCAGCACCAAUACCAACACCAACACCAGCGCCAACACCAAUCAACGCCAACACCAACACCAACUCGAACACCACAACCCUGCUCCAGCACCUUUGCCAGGUCGAAACAAUCCUCAACGAGCACCACCACCUCAGAAUAAUCCACCACCACCAUCAUCACCAAGUCGAAACAAUCCACCGCCACCACUUUUACCUGGUCAAAAUAGUCAUCCACCACCACCAUCACUUGGUUGGAACAAUCCCCCACAAGUUCCACUUCCUCAGAACAUUCAUCCACCACCACCUCCACCAAAUCUGAAUAAUCCUCCACCACCACCAUUAGUAAGCCAAAACAAUCCUCCCCCACCACCAUCCCCAGGUCGAAACAAUCUUCCUCCACCACCACCACCAUCACCAAGUCGGAACAAUCCACCGCCACUGCCUUUACCUGGUCAAAAUAAUCCUCCUCUACCACCAUCACUUGGUUGGAACAAUCCCCCACAAGUUCCACUACCUCAUAACAUUCAUCCACCACCACCUCCACCAAAUUUGAAUAAUCCUCCACCACCACCUUUAAACAUCCAUCCACCACCACCUCCACCAAAUCUGAAUAAUCAUCCACCACCACCUUUAGUAAGUCGAAACAAUCCUCCCCCACCACCAUCCCCAGGUCGAAACAAUCUUCCCCCACAGCCACCACCAUCACCAAGUUGGAACAAUCCACCGCCACCGCCUUUACCUGGUCAAAAUAGUCCUCCACCACCACCAUCACUUGGUUGGAACAAUCCCCCACAAGUUCUACUACCUCAGAACAUUCAUCCACCACCACCUCCACCAAAUUUGAAUAAUCCUCCACCACCACCUUUAGUAAGUCGAUACAAUCCUCCCCCACCACCAUCCCCAGGUCGAAACAAUCUUCCUCCACCGCCACCACCAUCACCAAGUCGGAACAAUCCACCGCCACCGCCUUUACCUGGUCAAAAUAGUCCUCCACCACCACCAUCACUUGGUUGGAACAAUCCCCCACAAGUUCCACUACCUCAGAACAUCCAUCCACCACCACCUCCACCAAAUCUGAAUAAUCCUCCACCACCACCUUUAGUAAGUCGAAACAAUCCUCCCCCACCACCAUCCCCAGGUCGAAACAAUCUUCCCCCACCGCCACCACCAUCACCAAGUCGGAACAAUCCACCACCACCGCCUUCACCUGGUCAAAAUAGUCCUCCACCACCACCAUCAGUUGGUUGGAACAAUCCCCCACAAGUUCCACUACCUCAGAACAUCCAUCCACCACCACCUCCACCAAAUCUGAAUAAUCCUCCAUCACCACCUUUAGUAAGUUGA